GGAGGAGGAGGAAGAGGGGGGAGGAGGAGGAGCAGCAGCAGGAGGCAAAUCUCCAUUCCCACAGCAAAAGCAGGUGCUGGAGCCAGAGCCCAGAGUGUGGGAGCUAAUGGGAAUCAGCUUGCUGGAGGGAAGGGGACCAAAUUAAGGAAUGGCUGGGGCUCGGCUGCUGAGAGGGGGCUGGGAAAAGCAGGCUGAUUGAGACUAGCUGUUGUGCCUCUGUCUCUUGAGAUCUUUGGACUCUGCCCAGGAUAGCCUCACACCCUAUCGUAGACAACUAGGAACUUGCAGAGUCCGCCUCGGGCAGCCCAAAGCUCCUCUGCCCACCCUGGCUCCCAGAGCCCUCCUAAGCAAAAGACCAGAGAGGCACUCUCCAUCCAGCAGCCAGACGCCUCCUUCUUGACGCCAGCCCCCACCCCUUGUCUGCUCGUGCCCAGGAAAGGCCCGAAGGAAGAGGCCGGGGAAAGAACCCUCCCUCUCUCCCUUGUCCCUCCAUCCACCCAGCGCCUGCAUCUGGAGACCCUAUGGCCCGGGCUCACUGGGGCUGCUGCCCCUGGCUGGUCCUCCUCUGUGCUUGUGCCUGGGGCCACCCAAAGCCAGCGGACCUUGGAGGGCAGGAUGUGAGAAACUGUUCCACCAACCCUCCUUACCUUCCAGUUACUGUGGUCAACACCACAGUGUCACUCACAGCCAUCCGCCAGCAGAUGCAGACCCAGAAUCUCUCGGCCUACAUCAUCCCAGACACGGAUGCUCACAUGAACGAGUACAUCGGCCAACAUGACGAGAGGCAUGCGUGGAUUACAGGCUUUACAGGGUCUGCAGGAACUGCAGUGGUGACCACGAAGAAAGCAGCUGUCUGGACCCACAGUCGCUACUGGACUCAGGCUGAGCGGCAGAUGGACUGCAACUGGGAGCUCCAUAAGGAAGUUGGCACCACUCCUAUUGUCACCUGGCUCCUCACCAAGAUUCCCGCUGGAGGGUGUGUGGGCUUUGACCCCUUCCUCUUGUCCAUUGACACCUGGGAGAGUUAUAAUCUGGCCCUCCAAGGCUCUAACAGACAGCUGGUGUCCAUCACAACCAACCUUGUGGACGUGGUGUGGGGAUCAGAGAGGCCACCGGUUCCAAAUCAACCCAUUUAUGCCCUGCCGGAGGCAUUCACAGGGAGCACUUGGCAGGAGAAAGUAUCUGGCGUCCGAAGUCAGAUGCAGAAGCAUCAGAAGGCCCCAACUGCCGUCCUUCUGUCGGCGCUUGAGGAGACGGCCUGUGAGUGUGGAUUUGCAGACACGGGUAGCCGCCUGGGUCUCCCCAAUGCCCCAAGCCUCCCAGGCCCUCUAGCACAGAGCUAGCUCCUCUCCAAACAACCGUGUGCCCACCAGUUCUUCAGAACUCCAUGGCCACAGCCCAAGAAGGGUAACGGGGCAGGAGCUCAUGGCUGCAGAAAAAGGACACAAGGUAGCCCUGAGCAAGCUGGUACCAGCCCACAGCCCACCAGAAGAAUGAACUGACCAUGGCAGCAAAGUGCUUCCGUCCCAUUAAGGGGAGGAGGACCAGCAAAUGCCUCCCAACAACUUAGCCACUACCCCAGGGCACUCACACUCCCAGCUUUAGCACCCAGUGGGACCCUACUCUUUCUGGUAUGGCUCAGGACUUCUUGUCUGAUCCCUAUGGCUGGGCUUCAGAUAUUCCAGGGACCCACUGGAACUGUGUGCUGACUGCUAAGUAUCUGCAUUUUUCUGGGGGGAAAGAGCCAUAACUCUCAACAGCAUCUCAAAGACCACCCCCCUCCCAAAAAAAAAAAAAAAAAAAA